CCAGUGGCGUCAUUGCAAAGAUGGCGCUAGCGUCGGUAGGAAAGUGCUUUGCGUCCUUUGGACUUCUUGGCAGAACAUUGACGUUGUCAGAGAUCAAAGCUGUUUGCUGCUACCACAAAAAGGUGGUGGACCAUUAUGAGAACCCAAGAAAUGUUGGUUCCUUGGAUAAGAAUUCCAAGAACGUGGGGACUGGUUUAGUGGGUGCACCUGCCUGUGGUGAUGUCAUGAAACUGCAGAUCGAAGUUGAUGAGAAUGGAAAGAUAGUGGAUGCAAGGUUCAAGACAUUUGGUUGUGGUUCAGCCAUUGCUUCAAGUUCCCUGGCAACAGAAUGGGUCAAAGGCAAAUCGAUUGAUGAAGCCCUAAAAAUCAAGAACACUGAGAUUGCAAAGGAAUUGUGCCUUCCACCAGUCAAGCUUCACUGCUCUAUGCUUGCAGAGGACGCGAUCAAGGCCGCACUUGCCGACUACAGACUCAAACAGAAGGACGAUGAGAAGGUAGCAGAGGCACGAAAUUAACCAACUCUGAAUCUGUCUCCAUCGGAGACAAAUGCCAUGGCAUCCAUUCACAUUAUCGUGCACACACUGUGCCGGGUAGCCCAAACCAAAUCCUCACAACAGCUUCACACCCCUCCACUAGUACUGAACAUGUAGAUACACUACUGGAUUGAAGAUUUGAUUCAAGGUGUGGAGAUUAGGUGUUCAUUUUUAGAGAGCUCUGUGGGGGCCUUCUCUUUCUGUUUUUCUGAAUCACGCACAGUGCUGAGCACAUUCUGGAAGGUAUCCGGACCCCCCCCCCCCCCCCAUCAUGCUGAGUCCUAGAUUCAAAAGGAAUUUUCGGCGGGAUUGCACCCGAAACUGAGUGCGCACGCAAAGGGAAAUUUUCCCAGACUCAGAUUGCAACUAUGCUUCAACUCAGAAAUUCCAGUGGUGUAAUUGAGCCGAAGAUGCAAGUUGUCCAGAAUAGUCGUCCACUGCCUUCGGAUGAUCCCUUUAAUAUAAUGUUUGAUAUUUCUGAUCUGUUCUGGUCAUACAAGAGGAUUAAUAAAAUUAAUGUCAGCUUAUUUAACACAAUAAAUUGAAAUAAGAGGCAGUGUCAAAUGUGUGUUUACAUGUGUGUUAUAAAUUUGUUUUUUGCUUUGACUGGUUGUUCUGAAAAAUGCAAAAAUGGCUGUUUUUUAAUAGUCAUACACGCACAAUUAACCUGUACAUACAAUACAAUUAAUAUUGGUAAAUAAAUUGCAGGUGCUGUAGUCAUUGAAUAAGCAUAAUAAAAUCAUAAAGAUGAUUAUUA